CUCUUUUUCUCUCUCUCUCUCUCUUUUUCUCUCUCACUCUUUCUUUCUCUCCCCUAACCUUUUUGUACUAUCAUAACCCAUUACCAUACAUACUCUUCUUCUCCAUCACGCCACAAACGUAGUAGAUUCACAUCAUCCUCUUCUUCUUCUUCUUCUUCUUCCUCCUCUUCGUCUCCAGUGGCUCUUUCAAGGUGUCUCCAGCUGUAUUGUGUACUUUGUUUUCAUUAGUGUCCAACAGGUCAGUCUAUAUCUUCCUCCUUUUGUGGCUUUGAAGAGCUUGUACGGAUUCAAUUAUAGGCAGCCUAUGUAGUGGUUUUGAGGGGUCUUUUGUCUUAUGGAGAAAGGUCUUUGAUUUGUCGGUGUAUUGGAUUCUGGGCAUCUGUCUUCGUGUUAUUUGGGAAUUCAUGGAUCUGUCACUCUGUUCCUUUUUGGGUUUUUGGGCUAGAAUCGAUUUUGAUUAGGAAGAAGCCUUCAAAGUUUGUGUCUUUUUUCUUUUACCUUUCGAUCUUCAAAGAUCAGUUGGGUUUUCUUCUAUUUCUCAUCUUAGUCUGAAUUUGAUCUUUGGAGGGUAGAAUCUAUCUUUGUGAUGGAAGCUAGAAUUGAAGGUGAGCCUCAACAUUUCUAUGGGUUUAGAGCUGUGGAUCUAAGGUCUGUUGGUAAAAGGACUGUCGAGUGGGAUUUGAAUGAUUGGAAAUGGGAUGGUGAUCUCUUUGUGGCUACACAAUUGCAUCCUGGUGGCAGCGAAACUACGGGCCGUCAGUUUUUCCCUAUAGGAAACUCUUCUAAUAGCUCCUCCUCCUGCUCUGAUGAAGCCCAUAAUAGUGAGUCAUUAGUGCGAAGUACAAGAGAAGUUGAGAAGAAGAGGAGAGCUGUUGCCAUUGAAGGAGACACCAAUGGUGGUGCUCUUACUUUGAAGCUAGGAGACAAUGGCUGUGAUCUUAAUGGUGAAAGAGAAGGGAAUUCUGCUGCCAAGAAGACUAAAUUCGGAGGAGCAGGAGCUGUGACUAAUCGCGCUGUCUGUCAGGUGGGAAACUGUGAAGCUGAUCUUAGUAAAGUUAAGGAUUAUCAUAGACGUCAUAAGGUCUGUGAGAUGCAUUCUAAGGCUACUAGUGCCAUUGUCGGAGGUAUCAUGCAGCGGUUUUGUCAGCAAUGUAGUAGAUUCCAUGUUCUUCAGGAGUUUGAUGAAGGAAAGAGAAGUUGUCGUAGACGUUUGGCUGGGCACAAUAAACGUAGGAGGAAAACAAAUCCCGAACCUGGUGCUAACGGAAAUCCUAGUGAUGAUCAGUCAAGCAAUUAUCUGUUGAUUAGUCUCUUGAAGAUACUCUCCAAUAUGCACACUACUCGAUCAGACCAUACUGGUGAUCAAGAUUUGAUGUCUCAUCUUCUGAAGAGCCUUGUAAGCCAUGCUGGUGAACAAUUAGGGAAAAACUUAGUUGAACUUCUUCUGCAAGGAGGAUCUCAAGGUUCCUUAAAUCUUGGAAACUCUGGUUUGCUUGCAAUUGAGGAAGCUCCUCAAGAGGAUUUAAAGCAACUCUCGGUAAACGUACCUGAGGUUCCUCGGCAAGAAUUGUAUGCCAAUGGGACAGCUACCGAGAACAGAUCAGAAAAACAAGUCAGAAUGAAUGAUUUUGAUUUGAAUGAUAUCUAUAUAGACUCAGAUGAUACAGAUAUCGAAAGAUCUCCUCCUCCUACGAAUCCAGCAACCAGUUCUCUUGAUUAUCCUUCGUGGAUACAUCAGUCUAGUCCACCUCAGACAAGUAGGAAUUCAGAUUCAGCAUCUGACCAGUCACCGUCAAGUUCCGGUGAAGAUGCGCAGAUGCGCACAGGCCGGAUUGUGUUCAAACUAUUUGGGAAAGAGCCAAAUGAUUUUCCUGUUGUCUUGCGUGGACAGAUUCUGGACUGGUUAUCGCAUAGUCCAACUGACAUGGAGAGCUACAUUAGGCCUGGCUGUAUUGUAUUGACCAUCUAUCUUCGUCAAGCUGAAACUGCUUGGGAAGAACUUUCAGACGAUCUAGGUUUUAGCUUAAGGAAGCUUCUAGAUCUCUCUGAUGAUCCCUUGUGGACAACUGGAUGGAUUUAUGUUAGGGUUCAAAACCAACUUGCAUUUGUAUAUAACGGUCAAGUUGUUGUCGACACUUCCUUACCUCUUAAAAGUCAUGAUCAUAGCCACAUCAUUAGCGUUAAACCGCUUGCUGUAGCUGCAGCGGGAAAAGCUCAGUUUACGGUAAAAGGCAUCAAUCUCCGUCGACGUGGCACAAGGUUACUUUGUGCUGUAGAAGGAAAAUACUUGAUUCAGGAAUCAACACACGACUCAACGACUGAGGAGAAUGAUGAUCAGAAUAAUGAGAUUGUUGAGUGUGUCAACUUUUCUUGUGAUUUGCCAAUAAUUAGUGGUCGAGGAUUCAUGGAGAUUGAAGACCAAGGACUCAGUAGCAGCUUCUUUCCUUUCUUAGUGGUUGAAGACAAUGAUGUUUGUUCUGAAAUCCGUAUACUUGAAACCACAUUAGAGUUCACUGGAACUGAUUCUGCUAAGCAAGCUAUGGAUUUCAUUCAUGAAAUCGGUUGGCUUCUUCACAGAAGUAAACUUGGGGAAUCAGACCCAAAUCCAGACGUUUUCCCAUUGAUACGGUUCCAGUGGCUAAUUGAGUUCUCAAUGGAUCGAGAGUGGUGCGCUGUGAUCAGAAAGCUAUUAAACAUGUUCUUUGAUGGAGCUGUUGGUGAUUUUUCUUCCUCCUCUAAUGCCACGCUAUCUGAAUUGUGCCUUCUUCACAGAGCCGUGAGGAAAAACUCUAAGCCUUUGGUUGAAAUGCUUUUGAGAUACGUUCCAAAGCAGCAAAGAAACAGCUUAUUUAGACCCGAUGCUGCUGGUCCAGCCGGUUUAACACCUCUUCACAUUGCAGCCGGUAAAGAUGGUUCAGAAGAUGUGUUGGAUGCCCUUACAGAAGAUCCUGCAAUGGUGGGGAUUGAAGCGUGGAAGACAUCUCGAGACAGCACAGGCUUCACACCAGAAGACUAUGCACGCUUACGCGGUCACUUCUCAUACAUCCACUUAAUUCAACGCAAGAUCAAUAAAAAGUCAACAGCUGAAGAUCACGUUGUUGUCAACAUCCCUGUUUCUUUCUCAGACAGAGAGCAGAAAGAACCGAAAUCAGGUCCAGUGACAUCCGCCUUGGAGAUCACACAGAUUAACCAGCUUCCAUGCAAGCUCUGUGACCAUAAACUGGUGUAUGGGACAACUCGCAGGUCUGUAGCGUACAGACCGGCUAUGUUGUCAAUGGUGGCGAUUGCUGCAGUUUGUGUCUGUGUGGCACUUCUCUUCAAGAGUUGCCCGGAAGUACUCUAUGUAUUUCAACCGUUCAGGUGGGAGUUAUUGGACUAUGGAACUAGCUGAGUGUAAGUCUACUUUGAAGAAUCUUCUAAGAUAAAUAUUACUUAUGUAAACCCAUAAAGGCGUGAUUUCUAUAUGUAACUAUAUGAGUAUAAGAUAUAUAGACAUGUUGGAUUUAGAAGAUUGUUGUUGUUGUGUGUAAAAGCCCCUCCAUUCUCUCUGGAACCUGAGAAUCCCCUCUCUCUCUCUGAUUAGUAUAUUUUUUUGUUUGACAGAAUAAUUUGUUAUCUUGUAAUUUAACAAUGGAUAUGUUCUUGUACUAGCCUUCUCUCUUUGUUUCUGCUUUUUGGGUAUAAUGGUGGAUACACACUUUGAA